AAAUUUUGUCGGGAUUCUGGGGGGCUCCAAAUUUAUAAUUUACCUAUUUAUCAAAAGAUGUCACUAAAUGCUCUCAAUUUGGGUUUCCUUGGUACUGGAAUGACUACAAACAACAACAAUAAUACUAACAAUAAUAACAACUAUAGCUUUCAACAACAACAUACACAACAAUUUGUCCAACCUCGUUUUGACCAACAACAAUUUGGAAUGUUUGGACAACAACAAACAAACACUCCAGACAAUACAAACAUUCAACAACAACAACAAAACCUCCUUCUGACUUUGUUGUUAAAUCAAAUAAUUGGUUCUCAACAACAAAUGCAGACUCCUCUACCUCCACAACUUGACCCUUCUCUCAACCUUUUACUUGGACAAUUAACAUCAACAUCAACAACUUCUGGAGGACAAUUAAAUCAAUUAAUUUCAUUAAUUCAACAACAACAACAAUCUUCCACUAAUUCCCCUUCAUUUUCUUCAUCUAAUUUAUUAAUUCCUUUACUCGAAUUAAUUGCUCAAUCCCAACAACAACAACAACAACAAACAUCUAAUAAUAAUAAUAUUCAAUUGCCUUCAUUACAACAACAAAUACCUAUUUUUGGACAACAAACAACAAUUCCUUCAACAACGGGGAGUGGAGAAAAUUUUGGAUUAAAUAAUAAAUUUAGUUUUUCUGAUACUUUUAGUGAAGGUCUUCGUUUGGGAUUAGAUCCAUUAAAUAAUCCCCAACAACACCAAAGACAACCUCCAUUACCAACACCAAGUGUUACUUGUUUACCAAAUAAUUCUUCUUCCUCUUCUUCUACUCCACCUGAACGUAUAACAGAAACUUUAUGUUUAGCAUCAGAUUCUCGUCAUCGUUUAUAUGACCCACAAUUUCAACAAUUUUUGGGGAUUGUUAGAGAGUUAGAAAGGCAUAUGUUUGGGGGAAAUACAGCAAAUAUUCAAACAAGUUCCGGAAAUUUUCCAACAAAUAUAACACAAAAUAAUGAUGAUAAUGCUACACAAAAUGAAGUUAUUCAACAAAGAAAGCCAUCAACUCCAUCGUCUUUUAUUUUUUAA